AUGUCGGGCCUUGGAGAUGACACCAAGUCGCAGACGCUCUGGACCAUGAACAACCAACUUGUCAAUAGCCCAGACGCGGAACAGCCCCGGAAGUCUCAAGACCAGCCAUUAAACCGCGCUUGUGAAGCAUGCCGCAUUUCCAAAGUCCGAUGUCUUAUGAACCCGGACACAAGCUCGACGCAGUGCCAGCGAUGCGCCAAGGCGAACCGAACAUGUGUUUUCGCGCCACCAGCCAAGAGAAGACAGAGAAAGAGAACAGACGUGCGGGUCACGGAAUUGGAGAAAGAGAUACAGCAGAUGCGAAGUCUUCUGAAGACCAACGCCAGAUCAUCGAAUGAUGUUAGCGAACAGGAAUCCGGCGAUGAGGACUCGGACGAUCAAGGCCAUGUGAGAAAGAAGGAGACGCCUCCUAGCGUAUCAAGUCGCCCGAGUGUCACAACAGCAGCGUCAAUGGCCACAGCAUCAACCAUCAAAGCUUCUACUGUCGAUUCUACGCCUACUGUCGCGCCGACAGACUUCCUGGGAUCUUCUGAAAACGACAUUAUAGACCGUGGUGUCAUCUCGGAAGAUCUAGCAGUCGAGCUCUUGAACAUAUGGCGCACCGAGCUCGUCGCUGCAUGUCCAGGCAUCACGAUUCCCAAACAAUGGGACGUGUUCGAUCUCCGAGCAAACAAGCCUGCGCUCUUCCACGCGAUUAUGGCCGCGGCUGCGCACUCGAAAGGUUCUGCCCUGUCUGACAGACUACAUGAAGAAACCGUCCUUCUCUACGCACGUUCCGCCUUCAUCAAAGGCGAGAAGUCGGUUCAAGCUAUUCAGGCGCUCAUCGUCACAGUCACGUACUACUCACCAUCGAAGACACCAGGCCAGCUGCAAAUCUAUCAGUGGGUCAACAUGGCCGCGUCGAUGGCUCUGGAGUUGGGCUUGACAUCCAAACCCAGAACGCACGAGCAACUCCCCAAACGUGCGAUUCGAUCGCUCCAGAAGAUUUCUUCGCCCGAGGAGUUGCUCGAGCACUGCCGCACUAUCCUACUACUCUACAUCAUCAGCGCAGGCUUCUCGAUGAGACUGAAACGCCCCAACAUACUGCUGUUCAACAGUUGGAUGGAAGAGUGCUUCAACAUACUGGAAAAGUCGAAACUGUUGGACGACAAGAGGAUAGUGGCGUGGUUGAAGCUUCAGAGGAUAGCCGACGAGGCAAAUACGGCCUUUGGCUUCGACGACGCAAGCACGAGCUUUAGUCUUUCAGAGCUCCGUAUGCAGAUCAUACUGCGAAUCUUCGAUCGGCGGAUGCAAGACUGGAGGAAAGGGAUUCCAGACGACGUUAUGACGCUGAACCUACAGGUAGAGUACUACUCCGACAUGUUAUCGAUGUGGGAGUUUGGUAUGGACGGAGGUCGCUACGACGUCAUCGAAUUCCGCAACCGCCACAUCACUCUCCCCGCCCUAGACGACGACUGCGUGCAACCCGAAUCCCUCCUCUCGCGCUCCGCCCUCCAAAUCAACGCAACCACAAAAUGCAUCUCGGCCGCCCACACCAUCCUCGACUUCUUCAUCGCCGUUCCCGUCGACAAACUGCGCAAAUCUCCAAACGCCCUCUACGUCCGCGCCGUCUACUCCCUCGUUACCCUCAUGAAAGCAGAAUACGCCGUUGGCACCGACGCGGAAAUGGGCGAGCUGCUCGAAAGCCAGAGCCUCAAAGUGAGUUAUUAUCUUGACACUGUGCUGGAUAAGACGAAUGAAGCGGGUGGGCCGCAGGAGUGUAGAGUCCGGGUGCCGAGCCAUUGGAAUUUCUUGCUGCAUGAGAAGUUGAAGAGUUGGUGGGAUGAAUAUCAGAUUUGGAGGAAGGAGGGGAGGCAUCUUAAGAGGAGGAAGAAGAUGGGGGGUGGAGAUGAGAUGAAGACCGCAAGCGGGAAUCAGACACCUGCGUUCGCGGAGCAGAAUGUGCAGGUCGCGGCUACUUCUACAGCUGCUAUUGAUCCAAGUCAGGUUGCAGCACAGCAGCAGCAACAACAUCAGCCCGCUCCUCCUUCUCUCCCCACGUCGUCAUUCGCACUGGGUAACGCGUAUCCCACACCCUCACCGUGGAACGCGAACGACAUGGCCAUUGACCCGCAGCCGAUCAGUGAUCAAACGGCGUUUACCACGGAUAUGGGCGACUUCUCCGCGGCGUUUCAAAACGGCGAUUUGUAUCUGUGGAAUGACAUGACGGCGGAUAAUUUCGGGGGAUGGGUUCCACAGGGGGGAUCGUAUGGUGGUGGUGCAGGAUUUGGGGGGAUGAAUGGGGGCAUGUUCUGA